CUUCAUAACAGAACCAUGAGUGUUUGUACAGCUCCGCCACAGGGACUGGGCCCCGGCUCACUCAGAUCUGGGCUUGUUUUAAAGGAACUGAACACAAAGCUCUGGCAGUGGAGUGGGGUGAGACUCUGUGUAACGCGCCCGCAAAGAAACCAUUUGCAGGACACGCUCCUCCUGCCUCCCACCUCGAGAAUCAUAGCAGUCACUUUGGAACAAAUUGAGCAUCUUCACCGGAGAUUCAAGCAGAUAAGUGGGGACCAGCCAACCCUCCGCAAGGAGAGUUUUGACAGGAUCCCCGACCUGGAGUUCAAUCCAAUUAGGUCAAAAAUUGUCCGUGCCUUUUUCGACAAGAGGAACCUACGGCAGGCGCCGGAUGGGUUAGCUGAUGAGAUCAACUUUGAGGACUUCCUGACCAUCAUGUCCUACUUCAGGCCCAUUGAGAUGAACAUGGACGAAGAGCAGCUGGAUCACUUCCGGAAAGAGAAACUAAAAUUUCUCUUUCACAUGUACGAUUCGGACAACGAUGGGAAGAUCACCCUGCAGGAAUACAGAAAAGUGGUGGAGGAGCUGCUGUCUAGGAACCCCCAUCUGGAGAAGGAGUCGGCGAGGUCAAUUGCGGAUGGUGCCAUGAUGGAGGCUGCCAGCAUCUGUGUGGGACAAAUGGAGCCAGACCAGGUGUACGAGGGAAUCACGUUUGAAGACUUUCUUAAGCUGUGGCAGGGGAUUGACAUCGACACCAAGAUGCACGUCCGCUUUCUAAACAUGGAGACUAUUGCACAUUGCCACUGACCUCUGCCAGUCCACAGAGCCACUGACCUGCAGGGCGAGGGGAGUGGAGCCUUGGGCAGAGGAGCCAGGCCAGUGACCUCCAAUGGCAGGUCCAUGCUUUGGGUACCAGAUGUCUGUCAUUUUGCUACUGGUGUGUGUGAUUAAAUCUUAUGAGGUCCCUGUGUUCCCACAGGGGCUGCAUUGUAGAAAUGUCUGGGGCUUAAAUGCCGACUCCUUUGUAUAAUAAAAGAGUUUUGUUUUUUA